AUGAAUUUAAUAAUAAAACUAAUAAAAGAAGGAGUAGAAAGUAAUUUUGAAGAUCAAACAUAUGAAAGAGCAAAGCAAGAGCAAGCUAAUUAUGAUCAAAACUGGAGAAAUGAAAGAUAUGAACGAGCAUGCUCAAGUAAGAAUAUAGUAACUCAAUGA